CUUGACGUGACGGCCGGUGCUGACGUCGCGGGAGAUAAGUGACGUUUAAAUGCGGGAUGAACGAACGACCGGAGCGGAGACACCGCGCGCACUCACGGAAGUUGAUGCUAUUCUGCGAUCUGAUUGGAUGGGUCUCACGCUGUGCUGUUUGCUAAAGGACAGCCGUCCUAAUAAACACCACAAAUCCUCAUCACCAUUCCGUCCAUUUUCUGUAGCCCCGCCCAUUCGCCUCGCUGUGCUGUUAGACACGCCUCCCGUCGGCCCUGGGAACCCGCGGUCGCAGUGGAGCCCGACCUACCUGUCGCCCAAUCUGAAGGUGUGUCCGUCGGGUGGGCGUGUCUCUCGCGCUCACGUGGAACAGAGCAGCGACGCGGUCCGUGGCGCGGUCGGCACGGCGACGGGGCUCCAUAUAUGGGAGGUGCUGUGGGAGGGUCAACAGAGAGGAAGCCACGCCCUACUGGGCGUGUCCACACACAAAUGCCCCCUGCAGGCCUCUGGCUACACGGCGUUAAUAGGCGGAGACUCUUGUUCUUGGGGCUGGGAGCUCUCGACCAAUCAACUCUGGCAUGAUGGGAAGGCGGGGAGGCGGUACCCUGGGGGCGGAGCCAGGGAUGUCUUAAGUGUCCCGGAACGUGUAUUAGUGGUGGUGGACGCAGACGCAGGGACGCUGGGAUAUAUCGUGGACAACUGCUAUUUGGGCAUCGCCUUUCAGGACCUCCCCAAAGGGGCGGAGCUUUUCCCAGCAGUGAGCUGCGUUUGGGGAGGAGCUCAAAUCUGCAUACGCUACCUGUGUGGCAUGACACGAGACCCACCUGCCCUUCAGGCUCUGAGUCGUUUAUCUGCACGUCGGGCCCUUCGAUGUGACGGGACCCGGAGCUGGACUCGGUCAUUCCCGUCUGCUGUACAGCGCCUCCUGCUGGACACACAUGAUACAAACACUACAGAGGAGAGCCGUGACACUCACACCGGCUCAUCUGACCUCCACCACUGAAUUACUGCACAUCACAACACACAUUUAUUAAAAGUCAUUUUUCUGUUUUGUGUUUUUCUAAUAUAUGUUAAAGCCAGAACCAGAUCACAGGACUAAAUCUGAAGCAAUUACAGAUCGGAUUCAGAUCUAAUGGUGGGAUGAUCUGCAACACUCUUCCCUUUUUAACAAUUUUAUUAAAAAAAAACAAGAUUUGAUUUUGAUUCCGGUAUUAAAAUAAUAUAACAUUUGUUUAAUAUUUUAUUGAAACAUAUCAUUUAUAUUUUAAUAUAUAAUGCAAAUGAUCUUUUUUACAAAUGAAUUUUGUAUUAACACUGCUAUUUUAAUGUUAAUUCAGGGUUUGUACAGAUACUGUAAAAUGAAAUUCCAGGACUUUCAAGCACUACUUUUUUGAUUUCAAACUUUUUUGAUUUUCAAGGACUUCAAACCGAGAUUUCACUUAUCAAACAAUGUCUUUCAAAUUCUAAAAAAGAUAAAUAGACAAGUAAAAAUAUACUAAUGAAACAAAACGGCAAAAGUAAAGGACAUGUAAAGAAUGCAAUAAUGUCACUUAAGAACAAAAAAAAAAGACAAAUAAAGCACGUAACAUUUCAAAUGUACCAUUAUUCUGCCAGCAACAGCUGUGAUACCAAUGUAAAAUAUAGAUUACAUAUAAUUAUACACAUUAAAAACAAGGGUGUUGAUCUGAUUUUGGCUUUGGUGGGGAUGUAAUGCCAGAUCAAAAUUAUUGCUAAGGGCAAUUUAUUAGUGUGUGUACAUUGGUAGGGUCAUGUCAUAGCAUCUCUACUAAAUUCUACACCACUGAAAAUCAUAAGAAGUGAUGUCUGACUUUGUAAACUAUAGUUCUCUCCUUAAUAUGAAGAGAUCAAACAACACAUUCAUGAGUUCAUCCACACUUCACUAAAAGCUUAUGGACGUAAUUCUAAUAUAAGUGUUUUUGUCUCUUCUGAGGAAGAUUCAUUCACUUGUUUGCCAAUGAAACACACAGAGACAUUUUGAUCAGAUUUAUUCAUGUUCAUCUGAUCUCAUUUUGUAAGUGACUUUUCUUCUGUUUUUCAGAUGUUUUAUUUGGAUUGUUUGACUACUUGAAAGUUCUGUUAUUCCUAAAACAAUAACAACAAAACAACUGUAUUUUUGGAUGAUCUAAGUCAAAUGAUUCGCGAUCCGAUUGGAGCAUAAUUUUGCGACGCAGUGGUUUACCUGAUUCUGAGUUUCGAAAAGCUCCGUGCUUUUUCAAAUAAUUACAAACGAACUAGAAAUGUAAAAAAUGGCUCUUUUAUUUUGAUUUUUUGCUGGCGAAUCGCUUGAAAUGAAUGAUUGAAGUGACUCACUCAAUUGAUUCGGUUCAUCCGUUUGUUUUUUCGCGUCUUCAGCCACAAGACACCGUCAGUGCUACUAGCUUAGUUCGCAAGUUUUAUGACAUUAACUGAAAAAAGUAUGUUUUUGGAAUUGAUGAGUGAAAUGCUAUGUGCUUAUAAAAAUUAAACACUUAUUUUAGACGCAUCAUCUCUUAAUAAUUAAAGUAACUUUUGCUAUUUUCAAGGGUUUUCCAGGCCCUACAUUAAAAAAAAAUCAAUUUCAAGCACUUUAAGCACCUUGAAUGAACCCUGUUUAUUUCUGUGA